GAGGCGCUAGCGGAGCUUGAAGAAAAAUACAAGAAGGCUAUGAUGAACAAUGCACAGCUUGACAACGAGAAAGCCACCUUAAUAUUCCAGGUGGACAUGCUGAAGGAUCUACAAGAAGAUAUGGAAGAAAUUAUGAUGGAGGUACAGCGGGAAGCAAGAGACAAACACAGGGAACUUGAAAGCAAAAAGAGAGAGAACCUCUUACUAAAUAAAGAAGUAGCAACCUUGAAAGAAAUGGUAUCACAACGAGACACACUUAUAGCUGAAAACGGUCUUCUCCUGGUUGGCAACGAGGAACGGCUCUCAGACGAUGACAUCACCGAGAGUGACACGUCACACAGACCCAAACUUCCCAAAGUCGGGACGAUAGUCGUCGUAUCACCAGAGGCAGCAGAACUCCUAGAGGUUGUUGGGGAUGGACCUCUUGAUGUUCGGCUAAAGAAAUUCGUAGAGGAAAGAAAGGAACUCCUAGAAAGAAUAAGAAGAUUAGAAAUUGAUUUAGAAGAAGAGAAAGAGAAAGUAGCCACAGCUGAGAAGCGACGACCGCAUCAGAGCACCUCCUUCAAUGGCCCUGAUAUAGAGAUGCUAGACAUCCAAAGAGAAGCCAGUCGGCAAGUCAACGAAUACAGAUUCAAGUACCAGAAAGCUGAACAAGAAUUGCAAACACUAGAAGGGCAUGUAAUGAGGUUAGAAAGUCAACUCAAACGAUGCAAAACGUCGUCUGAAACAGCAGAGAAGGUCGAAGAGGAGCUCAAACAGGAACGACGUAAACUCCAAAGAGAGAUCCGUACUUUAAGAGAUAGAUACGAAGAAAUUGAAACAGAGAAUAGCCACCUGAACAAGCGACUUGAGAAACUCAAAAGCGGCAAGCUGAGUCUGAUCAAGUGAUGGAAGUACCCCCUCGCUUGGUCAUUUUUCAUUCAAUAUUUUAUAAAACAGUCCAACUUGCAUCAAGUGACUACCGCUAGCUAUCGACGCUGCGCAAACAGCCAGAGAAUUGUCGGCAACGAUUAGAUCACAUGAGUUUGGUUUUGAGUUCAACCCUGGUAAUGUGACAGCUGGUCUUAGAGGCUUGUGGGAUCGAUUUUGCAAAAUGCCAGAGAAGCAUCAGCUAAAACUAGAGGACACCGUUCGGUAACAAGUAUAACCCUGGUAAUAGGAUGAUUGGUGUUAGACGCUUGUGGGAUCAAUGCUGCAAACGCCAGAGAAGCAUCAGAAAAGUUUAGAGCACACAGUUCGGUAACAAGUUUAACCCUGGUAAUAGGAUGACUGGUCUUAGAGGCUUGUGGGAUCAACGUAGCAAAACGCCAGAGAAGCAUCAGCUGAGAUAAGAGCACACAGUUUGGUAACAAGUUUAAAUCCUGGUAUUCUGACGACUGGACCCUUGGGGGAUCAGUGUUGCACAGCAAAACAAAGAGUCUUUGUUAAAGCUGUUAAAGGCAUAUUGACUGAUGUCAGCUGUACGGAAAUGGUUCCUGAAUUCAUCAGAGCCCAGAAAGAUACAUGCAACAGGAAAAUAAGGUUUAGGGUAAUCCUUUAAGUACGGGGGUCGAUUUCACAAAGAUAAUCCUAGGACUCUUUAGGAGUUAUUAAGAACAUAAAGCUAGUCCUAAGU